AUGAAGCGCUCUAUUGACCGACGAGAUCAUGAUCACCGCAGAGCACAGGACCAAAAGUCUGAUAGCGAGUCAAGCUACUCUGACUUGCAUGGUAGGUCAGAAGCCCCCCUCGAGACCGACCUUACUGAGCCCGAUGUUCCUGAACGUCCGGCAAAGCGUCCGAAUAGUGAUGAAGGAGAUUUUAGCAAUGAUCCUCUUGAUGACACCGGGGUCGACCUGUCGGCCAUCCCGGAGGAUUAUGGCAAAUCAGCCGGAACACUUCUCCGGCGAGGACGCAUUGAAAAACGCUGGCUACAGUACUGUAAAGUCAAAGCACGACAGCUGCCAGAUGAACGCAAGUGGCAUAACCCCAAGCGUGCACUCUGCGAAGCGUCGGACAAUGACAUCCACCGGUUUCUGGGCUGGUGCCUCAAGCUCAAGCGAGGGAAGGACGGUCGACACCUAAAGGGUAUUCACAAGGCCAGCUCAUUCAAGGGUGACUGGCGGAGCUUCCGCCUUUACUAUGAGAGAGUCACCAAAAACAAAAUUCGUGAUGAAGACGGCAGUAAUGUGCGGCGGCGUAUCAAAUACCUGAUUGACACGAAUGGCCUGGAUACAAUGCAGUAUAAGGACCUACAGUUUUCGCUCCAGAAGGAUCCCCAUGGAGGACCUCCAAUUCCGCUAGUGGAGUUGACAGCUCAGGGUGUUAAAAAGUUUAUGGGGGAAAUAAAAUUGAUCACAUUUCCCCUUCCUGAAGUAAUUUAUGGGCCGUCCUUGAUAUUCUACCCGCAUACCUACCUCUUUGGGAUGUUGUUCCAUGCUAAGGCAUUCCAAGCUCCUGGACUAACAUCCAUGGCCGAACUGCGAAAGCUAUUUGUGAAACGGGGCUGCCAGCAAAUGCCUUUGUAUUUGAAGCGUGAGACGGCCGAUUGGUAUGUAUUCUGUAAGACUGAGGUGGUUAAGGGGACUCCGGUUAUCCGGCGAAGACAGCCAUUGUUUAAACACAUGAUGGGUCGCCUUUUGUCAAUUUUCGGAGAGAUCCAUGGUUGGCUCCAUUCCAUGUUCUCACACCGGUUCCGUUACGGGAGUGGAAAGAUCCUCAAUGAGAGUGGAUGGGCUAGCGAGGAACAACGGAUGCUAAUCAUGAAACAUGCGGACCGUCGCACGUUCAUUGACCACUAUCAUCCCCGGACGGUCGGCACUGAGAUGAUCUGGUCCAUCUGCGGCCUUGAUCCGGACAAGGAAAUGAUGCGGUCCGUCGCGCGGCUGGACCGAUGGAGGGACCAACGGCGUUCGCGGCAUCUAACCACAGAAGACAAAAAACGCAUCAAAGAUAACCCAGAGCUCGUGACCGCCCGCCAAAAAUUGGAGACCAUUACUGCCGAAUACCACCAGACAAGGAAUCUCGUAUCCGGCGACAAGAGCGUGCGACAAGAGUUUGAUGAAAAGCAGUCUCUCCUCGACAUCGAGGCACAGCUUUUGGGGACCAUGGCGGAUGAAAGUGAGGAGUCAUCAUCAUCAGAGGACAACAUGCAUCCCACUCUGCUUGGGCUCCUACAGAAGAUUCUCUCAUAUCCCAUAUCUGAUUCUCUGGAAGCAGAGUGGCAAUGCCACAAUGAAGCUGUUGAUUAUGUGGUCCUCUAUUGUGACACAUCGGAAGAGGGCCCUCUCCGCAAACGCCUGAAGAAAACACAACCACCUGCGGGAAACAGUGGGCCUUAUGAUGACCCUCACUCAAAGGAUGACAGUGAGAAAAAGAAGCAUCUCUUGUCACAUGAUGAGCUCUUGCGUCUUACUACAGAACACAUUGAAAAAGCUCCAAAGCCACGUGCAUGCUUUCAGUGCUUCUCUGACAGAAAGUUGCCAGAUGAAGUUCGCUGCCGAAUGUUUUAUGACCCAGGGUGUCUUACCAAACACUAUGAUAGUCAUCAUCUGCAGGAUGAGCAGUACUGGAAAUUGGCUGUAAUCAGAGAACAUAACCAAGAGAUGGUGAUUGUCAUAGAACUCAAGAUGCUCCAAGAUAAUUAG